AUGGUUAAACAAACAACCCUCGAUAUUGAAUAUGCCUCUCUUAUGAGUCGCAACCCGGAGGGCACUUAUUUGUACAGCCCACCAACCUUCCGCAAGUUCCACCCGGGUUCCGUGGGGUUCUUUGACGAGUACAGCGGCUGGAACCAGAUCACCGAUCUGUCCAAGGAAGGCCAACCCGAAGCUGAUGGCUUCACACCUCUGAAACGCCAGUUAACCAGAGACGAGCGACCCAAGGCCGCGAUGUGGAAAACUCGAUCUUCCGAGUCUGAGGCCGGUCAGCACAUCAAGCUAUCCGGGGGCCUGUCCGCCGCAGCAGCAGCCGCCGUCCCAGUCGACGUCUCAGCUGAUGGCAAGCACAGGACCAGCACCUCGGGCAAAGCUGCGCUGGUGACUGGUUCAACCGCUAUGCGAGAGAAAGUACUCGCUCCAUUCGAUAAGCCCGUGUCGACGUGGGCAAGCGAGAAUGCGCAAGCGCUGCUGGACUCGGACUUUGCGCCCGACAUUGCUAAGAAUGGUAUCUGGAUUAUUCAGCAUACCUGGGUGACUGAUGAAUGUGCGAUAAAUAUGACGAACAGCUCUGACAAGGAGAUUGAGGUUGGAUUAGAUAUUGCUGCCACGGGUAUUGCGAAGGCUGGGGCUGGAGGUGGGACGUUUGACAAGCUUAAGAACGAGGGAUGGACUACGUACAAGUCUGCCGGUGAUGACGAAGGACUGGUCGUUUGCUUCGGCGGAUCCCACUUCAGGCCUCGUCGAUUCCAGCGAUUCCGCAGUGUUCCCAUCAAGCAAGCCCAGGCGAACUCUUUCCUGCGGACAGGCCCUGAAGAGGUAGAGGUGGUUGAAGAGCUCGGCUUCGAGUCCGCAAAGGUUGGAGUAACCGAAAGUGAUGCCGAGGAAGAGGCGGAGGCCGCUGCAAGAGAAGAAAAAGAGGAGCAGCGUAUCCGCGAGGAAUUGGAGAAGAGAAAGGCUGAGAUCAUGAACAGCACCACUACAGAGGCAUUCGUCGUGCAAACUUAA